GAGGCUCGCUGCAAAGACUCGCUCUCCCUUCUGGGUAGGGAGGGGAAGAACCCGAAGAUGGCGGUGGCCACAGCAGCAGCGGCAGCCUCAGAACAGCAAAGCUCUAAUGGUCCUGUGAAGAAAUCAAUGCGUGAGAAGGCUGUGGAGCGGAGGAAUAUUAACAAAGAGCACAACAGUAACUUCAAGGCUGGGUAUAUUCCAAUUGAUGAAGAUCGUCUACACAAAACUGGUUUGCGAGGCAGGAAAGGCAACUUGGCUAUUUGUGUGAUUGUCCUCCUUUUUAUUUUGGCUGUCAUCAAUUUGAUUAUCACACUCACCAUCUGGGUUGUGAUUCGUAUCGGGCCCAAUGGCUGUGACAGCAUGGAAUUUCAUGACAGUGGCUUACUGCGAUUUAAACAAGACUCUGACAUGGGAAUUAUACAUCCACUGUAUAAGAGCACAGUGGGAGGUCGGCGUAAUGAAGAUUUGGUGAUUGUUGGAGAAAACCAACCAAUUGUGUUUCAGCAAGGGGGAACAAAACUCAGUGUUGAAAAGAAUAAAACUUCAAUUACCAGUGAUAUUGGUAUGGAAUUUGUCGACCCACGGACUCAGAACACUUUGUUCAGCACUGAUUAUAAUACUCAUGAGUUUCACUUGCCAAGUGGCGUAAAAAUUUUGAAUGUCCAAAAAGCAUCUACGGAGAGGAUUACCAGCAAUGCUACCAGUGAUCUAAAUAUAAAGGUUGAUGGGCGUGCUAUUGUCCGCGGAAAUGAAGGAGUUUUCAUCAUGGGCAAAACCAUUGAAUUUCUUAUAGGAGGCCAUAUGGAACUGAAAGCAGAUAACAGCAUUGUCCUCAAUGGAAGUGUGAUGGUCAAUACAUCUCGACUCCCAAGUACUUCUCACAAGGAUAGAAUUAACACUGAAUGGGAGCGCUACAAGCUUUGCAUGUGCUCUGAUGGGACCCUAUUCCGUCUUCAAGUUAAGGGCAGCAACAUGGGUUGUCAAACCUCAGUUAAUCCAUGUGGUAAUAUAUAUUGAAGGCAAAGCAGGCCACUAUGGAAAGAGGAGGAGCCAUUUGUUAAAGUUUAAACAUUGCAUGUUUGCAAGGUUCCACCACCAGCCGUUUGUGAAUGCAUUACAUGAAGCACUUUUCAUACAAGACACUAGAUUUAAACAGUGUUAUAUUGAUAUUGUUCAUGUUUUUAAAAAGUGAUUUGCUAUGUGUGACUCCAUUUCAGUAAGGUAGUUAGGCACGAAUAUCACUCCAGAAGUAGUACUGAAGCUAAUGAAACCGUUGCCAAAGGCCUGAUGUAUUUUAGUACCUUAUUUUUGCAAACUUAUACUUUCCCCCAAUGUUUUGUCAGAAC